ACGUUCAAAAUAAAAUAAUGUUAUUUUAAAAGUUUAGUGGAAAAUGUUUAGCGUUUUAAAGUAUUUCUGGAUUUUACAAAUUCUUUAUGUGGUCGACGCAAGAGUGAUUGAUGCCUAUUAUGAGGGUGUGAAAUGUGAUUCUUACAAUAGAAAUAUUAUUGCUAAAAUUGAAUGUUGGCUCUCGACAGAUGCCAAAGGCCAGAAAACGAUGAAUGCAAUUUUAAUUUUGAAAGUAGAUUUAAAUGAAAUUUUAAAUCAUUAUAAAUUUCUAUUGACAAUAAAAAACAACACAAAAACAUAUAUAUCGUUAGAACUUAAUAUUUGCGAAGCUUUGGGAGCAUUAUUUACUAAUCCAGUUACUCGAAUGAUGUCAGAGGAAAUUCAUCGUGUUAGUAAUUUUCCAUAUGAGUGUCCCAUAAGGAAGGGCAUUCGAUAUGUAAUAAAUAAUUUUACCAUAAACUGGAAAUUGAUUCCAUCUUUUACACCAGCUCUUAAAUGGUAUUCAAAUUCUAUAUUUUUUAUUGGAAAGAAACAUGUUCUUACAUUUGAUGCCUUUGGUCGUGUUGAGCAUAAAAGGAAAAAGAAAAAUAACAAGUAAGAGUGUUUCUAUUCUAAGAGUGU